AUGAUCAAAUAUAGUACCAAGUUACUACUGAUUCAUCAUCCUAGACAUAUACUAAGUUCAAAAUAUCUUCUGAGUAGAGUGAUACGGCCAAUACCGUAUAAUUAUCGAUCCUUCUCCAUCACUAAUAUUAGAUAUAAUACUUCUAAAACCAUAGACAAUAAUAAUAACAAUGAUGAUAAUAACAAUAGUAAUGAAGAUAGUGGAAUAACUACGUCAAAUAGUGAGAGUAAGGAUGAUGAUUCAGUUAAAUAUAUUAACAAUCCUUUAUUAGGUAUGUCUAAUGAGUCAACCACAAAUACAAAAGAUGAUAACGAGGUAACAAACAUCGUAUAUACUGAUCCUAUUGAUAGUACUACGAAGACUAUCCCCUUAACAGAAGCAACUGAUGCACCUCCAUCAACUAUAAUAUCGACCCCUACUAAUGUUCAAAUUGAUGAUGGGUUUGGUACUAGUGAUUUUUUAACUACAAUUUUUGAUGAUAUGGAACCAUAUAUGGAUACUUAUGAAGUAUAUCAAGAAUUAAUUUCAGCAGGAUUCACAUCGAAUCAAGCGGAUGAGAUUAUAAAUUUAAUCAUUGUUCAAUUGAAUUCUAAAUUAUCGAAAUUAUCAUCUAAAUAUAGUCAAGUUUAUGAAUUAGAAAAUGAACGAUAUUUAUUUGAAAGUGCUCAACAAGAAUUAAGAGUUGAUGUGACUCGAUCUCGAGAACAACAUAUUAAUGAAUUAAUUAGUUUAACUAAUGUUUUAGAACGAGAUUUUAAUAUCAUAAGUGAUGAUUUAAAUAAUGAAUUCCUUCAAUUAAAGAAUGAUAAUGCCGUCACUAUAAAUGAUCAAAGAUCAGAAAAUACCUUACAAUCAAAAAAAAUCAUUCUUAAAAUCCAAGAAACUAAUCAUAAAAUCACAACUGAAUUGAAUUCAGCCAUGAGAUCAGAAAUUGAAAGUUUAAGAUGGAAUUUAUCAAGAUGGGGGUUAAUUGCUAUUUUAAUUACGGUAUUUUCAGGAUGUGCUGCAUUUUAUGCUGAAAAGGCUAAACAUACAAGGAUUGAAAAGAGUAGAUCUGAUUUCAUUCCAUUGGUGAUUUAUGAACCAAGUGAGAUUGAUGAAGAUGAUUAUCAUACUGAUUUAGAUAAGAAUGCUCUAGAGUAG